GGUCGGCGCCUGGGCGGGCACCGGAAACGGGCGGCGGUCGCCAUGGAGGCGGCAGUGGCGGCGGCGCCGGUGCGGUUGUGGGUGCGGACGGAGCCGUUCCUACUGGGGGCCCUGCCGGCCCCGCCGCCCGCCCGCCUGGCCCCGCACUACCUGCGGAAAGUGGCGGCGUACGCCCGGGCGCGAGCAGGCGAGGGCUGCUUCCCGCGGCUGGCGUGGCCUCGCUGGCGGCACAUCGCCUGUGGGAAGCUGCAGCUGGGCUGCGACCUGGCCUGGCUCUACUUCGAGCUCUUCCACAGCCUCCUCCGGCGGGACCCGCCCGCCAGACUCGAGUGGGCUGAGGCCGAGGCGGCGUGUGGCAGCGCCGAGGAGCUGGAGCGGGAGCGGAGCAAGCUCUCCGUGGACACUCUGCAGUUCCUGCUGUUCCUGUACGUGCAGCAGGUUCACAAGGUAUCUCUGCGGAGGUCUCUGAUUGGGGAGGAAUGGCCCAGCCCCAGGACUAGGUCUCCCAGCCUGACUGGAAAAUCUACCGGGGAGAAUAAGAACUGGAAUGAUCAGGAGCACCGCGCCUUCGUGCAGACCCACCUCUCGGAACUGCUGGAGCUGCUGCUGGAGCCGGAGCAGCUCGCGGCCUCGUCCCUUUCCACCCGCAGCAGCGUGGUGUCCUACGAAGCCGUCUGCGCCCUUGGCUUUCUCAUCGAAGGGACCGUGGCCAAGUCCAGGACGGUCCAUCCCCUGCACGAGCUCGCGCUGUGGCCGCCCUGCCAGGCACAGAGCGGCUACUCAAAGGUCUCCAAAACCUUCGCGUUCCCCAAGCUGGAGAGCUGGCUGCGGGCUUGCCUGACCACAAACCCUUUUGGGAUGACUGCCUGCCUCAAGUCUGGGAAGAAGCUUGCGUGGGCACAGCAAGUUGAAGGAACAACCCAGAGAGCAAAGAUUGCCUGCAAUACUCGCGCGGUGCCCGAGGUGCUCCCCAUGGUGAUCAUGAGCCAGGUUUACAAGCAGACGCUGGCCAAGAGCUCAGACACCUUGGUGGGGGCUCAUGUAAGAAUUCAUCGCUGCAACGAGUCCUUCAUUUAUCUCCUCUCUCCCCUCCGCUCCGUGACCAUUGAGAAGUGCCGGAACAGCACGUUUGUCCUCGGCCCUGUCCAGGCCUCUGUUCAUGUCUACAGCUGCGACAAUGUCAAGGUCAUCGUGGUUUGCCAUCGUUUGUCCCUUUCCUCCACUGCUGGAUGUACUUUUCACAUCCUCACGCCCACGCAGCCUCUCAUCCUCUCAGGGAACCACGCCAUCAGCUUCGCCCCAUUCCACACCCACUACCCGAUGCUGGAAGACCACAUGGCUCAGGUGGGCUUGGCCACGCUGCCCAACCACUGGGACAACCCCGUGCUGGUGUGCAAGGAGAGCGGUGACACCGGCGUCUUCCGCCUCCUGCCCCCCUCGGACUUCUACACCUUCGUGAUUCCUUUCGAGAUGGAAGGAGACACCACGGAGACGCCGGGGGGUUUGCCCCACGCUUAUCAGAAAGCGCUGAGCCAGCGGGAGCAGAAGGUGCAGAUCUGGCAGAAAAUGGUGAAGGAGGCGGGUCUGACCAAGAAUCAGAGGAAACAGUUCCAGAUGCUGGUAGAGAACAAAUUCUACGAGUGGCUGGUUCAGACGGGGAACCGUCAGCAGCUGGACAGCCUGGUCCCCCCCGCCGCAGGCUCCAAGCAGGCAGCGGGGUAGCAUCGCGGUCCUGGACAGCAGAAGGAAAAGAAAGGAGCCCUGGGAACAGGCAGCGUUACACCGAAAACAGUUGUCAUUAAGACCGAACAUGCUUGUCAUGGACUGGCGACCGUCUGUAUGUCCACAUUGGGGUUUCUGAUCGACACCACUUUCCCUGUAAUGACCCUGUUGGUGAGGGAGCCAGUGUGUGUCCAUGAAGACGCUGUGUUGCAGAUGCUGUAGCGGGGAAGCUGCCAUCGUGGUUGGUGUCCACGGGGUGCAAAUAUCCCGCCAAGCAGCCCUUCCCGGUGCGAAGCCACACACAGGGCUUUGUGGUACGAUCCGGCUGCACUGGUUUUACAAAUGUGACAAAGAAAUUGUUGAUUUAUUUUUUUUAUUAAUGAAUUGCAGUGGAUUUUUUUUUUAUUUUAUAUGAGAUGGCACUUAAGCAAUGGGAUUUUAUGGAAUUAGCUUUGUAUACAUUUGCAGCGUUUUGACAAAUGUCAAUAAAACAGAGUUCUGGGCUAAGCCUGGCACGUGUCCUAGGGAAAGGGCUUUACCUGUGCGGCGGGUGUUAGUGGGACACGUCUUUACUGCUGAGUGAAAUAUGAACCAGCCAACUGAGAUAAAACUGCUAAUUUAGCAACAACCAUGGAGCUGGAGGUUUUCAGUCUUGAUAGAAACACCAUUUAAUGUUUCUUGUAAAGAGUAUUGAAUUAAACAAGUACCAUUCCCA